GUCAUUGUGAACUCAUAGCUUUGAAAUCGACAAAGGAACCAGCAAGUUUUUUUACUUAAUGAUUUAUCAGUUUAAUUUAUUUAAAUUUACUUAAUUAUUUAUGUUGACCUGUAUUAAUUUGCGUUUGACAACUUAACUCAUCACAAACUGACAGUUAAGAAACGGUGCUCAAAUCCAAAAUGGGAACUAAUUUUCCCAAUGUUGAACCGUGGAGUAACUGUGAUGAGAAUAUGACAUCUCAUGCUAAUCAAAGGAGACAAGAAAAAUUAGCUCAAUUGGAUGCCAUCAGCCAUCUUUUAAAUACACAAUCAUACUCUCAACAAGUUACACAGCAGCAGCAACAGCAACAACAACAACAGCAGCAACAACAACAACAACAGCAGCAGCAACAACAGGUACAACAGCAACAGCAGCAACAACAAUCACAACAACUGAAUCAGCAACAACAAAAGCAACAUCCACAACAACAACAACAGCGUCCACAACUUCCACCGCAGCACCCACAACAGCACCCACAGCAGCAUCCACAACAACAUCCACAACAACAUCAACAACAGCAUCCUCAACAACAUCCACAACAGCAUCCUCAACAGCAUCAACCACAGCAUCCACAGCAACAUCCUCAGCAACAUCAACCGCCACCAUCUCAACAGCAACAAUCGCCCCUUCAGCAGCAACUUCAACCACAACUUCAACCUCAACUUCAAUCCCAGAUCCAACCUCAACUUCAAUCCCAAAUUCAACCUCAACUUCAAUCCCAAAUUCAACCUCAACUUCAACCCCAACUCCAACCACAACCUCAACCUCAACAACAACCGACAACGCGUAAAAGAAAAAGAAAAAAUCAAAGUCAAGCAGCUAAUGCACCUUCUCAUCCCUCACCAAUGUCACAAAGUUCAUCUUCAUUGAGUAGUCCGAAUCCUAAUAUUGCACAGAGCCCGGGCGCUAUGUUGCCAGGUCCACCACCAUAUCAACAAGGCUACAGAACAUUAUCAUCAAUUUCAUCCAUGAAUGUCAACAACUCAUUAUCCAUGCCAUCAUCAAUUCACUCAUCUAGACAACAGUACAACUCAUCCGGUGGUAAUGCUGGAGGACCAGGUAUGGUUCCUGGCAAUAUUAGAUUAUCUUAUACAAGUCCUGGUCCACCAACACCUUCGGCCCCAUAAUAGUCUUUCAAUGGCUUCACCCCUCAAUUAAUUCACCUAAACCCGGAUCGAACUCA